AGCAAGUUUGUGUCGGCGAGAAGCGCAGCCUGCAGAGUGAUUGUCCACCUGGACUUGGACUGCUUCUAUGCACAAGUCGAAAUGAUCCGUAACCCUGAGUUAAGAGACAAGCCUUUAGGUGUGCAACAGAAAUCCAUCGUCGUCACCUCAAACUAUGAAGCCAGAAAACUUGGAGUUAAGAAACUGAUGUCUGUCAAGGAUGCUAAAGAGAAGUGUCCUCAGCUGAUACUGGUUAAUGGAGAAGAUCUAACUCCGUACAGGGAAAUGUCCUACAAAGUUACAGAAUUGUUGGGGGAAUUUUGUCCGUUGGUGGAAAGACUUGGAUUUGAUGAGAAUUUUGUGGAUGUCACAGAGAUUGUAGAGAAAAGAUUAAACCAGCUCCAGCAAAGCGGAUGUUGCAGUGUCUGUGUGUCUGGCCAUGUCUACAACCACCAAGCUGUCAAUUUGUCUGAUCCAACACACCUAAGAUUAGUUCUCGGAUCUCAGAUCGCUGAAGAAUUCAGGGAAGCCAUAUUCACCAGGCUGGGCCUCACAGGUUGUGCUGGAGUGGCCUCUAAUAAAUUAAUGUCAAAACUGGUGUCUGGGAUAUUUAAACCAAAUCAGCAAACACUUCUUCUGCCUGAAAGUUGUCAAGAUCUAAUCCGUAGCCUUGAGCACAUCCAGAAAGUGCCUGGUAUUGGCUAUAAAACUUCCAAACGUCUGGAAACGCUGGGUGUGAGGAAGGUGUGUGAUCUCCAAGCGCUCCCACCUGCUGUGUUGGAGAAGGAAUUAGGUGUUGCCAUCGCUCAACGCAUCCAAAAACUCAGUUAUGGAGAAGAUGACUCUCCUGUGACUCCAUCCGGCCCUCCUCAGUCCUUCAGCGAUGAAGAUUCCUUUAAAAAAUGCUCGUCAGAAGUGGAAGUGAAAAAGAAAAUAGAAGAACUGCUUCUUACCCUGUUAGACAGGAUAUCGCGAGCCGGCAGGCAGCCGCGCACGGUGAGGUUGACCAUCCGCCAGUUCUCCUCCACCAACAGAUGGUUUAACCGGGAGAGUCGCCAGUGUCCCAUCCCACCUCAUCUCCUCCAGAAACUUGGAAAAG